AUGAAUGGUGUUCAGGGCAGUAAGCUGUGUUGUCAUUGUUUUCAACUGUGUUGUCAUGGAUGCACUAUUGAUCCGGCAGGAUUAGGGGAGGGGGAGAGAGGGGGUCAUCUGAGGUCAGCCGCCUGCGUUGCUCACUCUCAAUCCUUUAGAUGACCUUUUGGAAUUAACCAAGGACAUACACAAACACACACCAAGACCCCCCCCCCCCCCCAAAAAAAAAGGGCACAGCGUACUAAUUGCCCCCAGUGGGCCUUGAGAGGUCUGUGUUGAGGUCUAAGGUCUGAGACUGACUGUGCUCACAAUGUGCUCCAAUUGGCUUUAGUGGGAAUAUCCUGAUGUUGACAAGGCUAUGAUGGUGAUAUUGUCCAUUGGAGGAUAGAUGAGAUCUUUAUACUGAAGGAAAUAUACAUCAAUGUAUGUCACGCUCGUCGAACAGAGAUGAGGACCAAGGCGCAGCGUUGCAGGCAAACAUACUCUUUAUUAGAGACACGAUCAAAAACGACAAAACGAAAACGUGACAGUUCACGGUCUAACACUACAGACUAGAAACAAGAUCCCACAAACUCUGUGGGGAAACAGGCUGCUAAAGUAUGGUUCUCAAUCAGAGACAACAAGCAACAGCUGAAUCACGUUGCCUCUGAUUGAGAACCACACUGGCCAACAUACAGUGGGGGAAAAAAGUAUUUAGUCAGCCACCAAUUGUGCAAGUUCUCCCACUUAAAAAGAUGAGAGAGGCCUGUAAUUUUCAUCAUAGGUACACGUCAACUAUGACAGACAAAAUGAGAAAAAAAUAUUCAGAAAAUCACAUUGUAGGAUUUUUAAUGAAUUAAUUUGCAAAUUAUGGUGGAAAAUAAGUAUUUGGUCAAUAACAAAAGUUUCUCAAUACUUUGUUAUAUACCCUUUGUUGGCAAUGACACAGGUCAAAUGUUUUCUGUAAGUCUUCACAAGGUUUUCACACACUGUUGCUGGUAUUUUGGCCCAUUCCUCCAUGCAGAUCUCCUCUAGAGCAGUGAUGUUUUGGGGCUGUCACUGGGCAACACAGACUUUCAACUCCCUCCAAAGAUUUUCUAUGGGGUUGAGAUCUGGAGACUAGCUAGGCCACUCCAGGACCUUGAAAUGCUUCUUACGAAGCCACUCCUUCGUUGCGCGGGCGGUGUGUUUGGGAUCAUUGUCAUGCUGAAAGACCCAGCCACGUUUCAUCUUCAAUGCCCUUGCUGAUGGAAGGAGGUUUUCACUCAAAAUCUCACGAUACAUGGCCCCAUUCAUUCUUUCCUUUACACGGAUCAGUCGUCCUGGUCCCUUUGCAGAAAAACAGCCCCAAAGCAUGAUGUUUCCACCCCCAUGCUUCACAGUAGGUAUGGUGUUCUUUGGAUGCAACUCAGCAUUCUUUGUCCUCCAAACACGACGAGUUGAGUUUUUACCAAAAAGAUCUAUUUUCGUUUCAUCUGACCAUAUGACAUUCUCCCAAUCCUCUUCUGGAUCAUCCAAAUGCACUCUAGCAAACUUCAGACGGGCCUGGACAAGUACUGGCUUAAGCAGGGGGACACGUCUGGCACUGCAGGAUUUGAGUCCCUGGCGGCGUAGUGUGUUACUGAUGGUAGGCUUUGUUACUUUGGUCCCAGCUCUCUGCAGGUCAUUCACUAGGUCCCCCCGUGUGGUUCUGGGAUUGUUGCUCACCAUUCUUGUGAUCAUUUUGACCCCACGGGGUGAGAUCUUGCGUGGAGCCCCAGAUCGAGGGAGAUUAUCAGUGGUCUUGUAUGUCUUCCAUUUCCUAAUAAUUGCUCCCACAGUUGAUUUCUUCAAACCAAGCUGCUUACCUAUUGCAGAUUCAGUCUUCCCAGCCUGGUGCAGGUCUACAAUUUUGUUUCUGGUGUCCUUUGACAGCUCUUUGGUCUUGGCCAUAGUGGAGUUUGGAGUGUGACUGUUUGAGGUUGUGGACAGGUGUCUUUUAUACUGAUAACAAGUUCAAACAGGUGCCAUUAAUACAGGUAACGAGUGGAGGACAGAGGAGCCUCUUAAAGAAGAAGUUACAGGUCUCUGAGAGCCAGAAAUCUUGCUUGUUUGUAGGUGACCAAAUACUUAUUUUCCACCAUAAUUUGCAAAUAAAUUCAUAAAAAAUCCUACAAUGUGAUUUUCUGGAGAAAAUAAUUCUCAAUUUGUCUGUCAUAGUUGACGUGUACCUAUGAUGAAAAUUACAGGCCUCUCUCAUCUUUUUAAGUGGGAGAACUUGCACAAUUGGUGGCUGACUAAAUACUUUUUUUCCCCACUGUAGAACAACAAUACUAGAAUGAAACCUAGAACAAAACACAUAGACUUUACACACCCUGGCUCAACAUAUUAGAGUCCCCAGAGCCAGGGCGUGACAGUACCCCCCCCCUAAAUGCGCAGACUCCGACCGUGCCCACCAAAUACCACAGGGGAGGGACCGGGUGGGCACUCCGCUUAGGCGGCGGAUCCGGCUCCGGGCCUGAUCCCCGCUCCCUCUCCAACCCCCCAAAGUACCCCUGGUCCGGUCUGGCCCCGCUGGCCGGAGCUGGACUGCACACUGGUGGAGCGGAUUGCUCCAGCUCCGGCGUGAAGCAUCUGACCGGUGCCGGACCAGCCACCGGUGGAACAGGCACAGGCCGUGCCGGACUGACGACGCACACCACUGGCUUGGUGUGGGGAGCAGGAGCGGGCCGAGCCGGGCUGACGAAACGCACCACUGACUUGGUGCGGGGAGCAGGAGCGGGCCGGACCGGGCUGACGAAGCGCACCACUGACUUGGUGCGGGGAGCAGGAACGGGCCGUGCCGGGCUGACGAAGCGCACCACUGACUUGGUGCGGGGAGCAGGAACGGGCCGAGCUGGGCUGACGAAACGCACCACUGACUUGGUGCGGGGAGCAGGAAUGGGCCGGACAGGGCUGACGAAACGCACCACUGACUUGGUGCGGGGAGCAGGAAUGGGCCGGACUGGGCUGGCGACGCGCACCACAGACUUGGUGCGGGGAGCAGGAACAGGCCGGUCCGAGCUGGCGACGCGCACCGUAGACUUGGUGCGAGUGGCAGGAACAGGCCGGACCGUACUGGGAACACACACCACUGGCCCUACGUGGGGAUCAGGAACAGGCCGGACCGGACUGGCAACACACGCCAGUACCUCUCGCCGUGCCUCUACAUCCUCCUUCCCCCUGGUGACCAGUGACUCCCGUAACCUGGCGGCCUCCUGCUGCCCCGUCGUCCACGGCGUUAGCCCCCCCCUAAAAAUGUUAUGGGCUUCACUCCUACCCGUGGACCAGGUCUCCAUGCUUCUCGCCAGCCUUUCGCCCUUCUGCCUCCACGUCAAGCCCCUCUCUUCCUCACAUGGCUUGACCCAGUCGAGGAGGCGAAGGAGAUCCGCUAGAGAUCUCUCAGGCGCUGGCUCCUGGACUUGCUGCUUGGUCCAGUCUUGGUGGGAUCUUCUGUCACGCUCGUCGAACAGAGAUGAGGACCAAGGCGCAGCGUUGCAGGCAAACAUACUCUUUAUUAGAGACACGAUCAAAAACGACAAAACGAAAACGUGACAGUUCACGGUCUAACACUACAGACUAGAAACAAGAUCCCACAAACUCUGUGGGGAAACAGGCUGCUAAAGUAUGGUUCUCAAUCAGAGACAACAAGCAACAGCUGAAUCACGUUGCCUCUGAUUGAGAACCACACUGGCCAACAUAGAACAACAAUACUAGAAUGAAACCUAGAACAAAACACAUAGACUUUACACACCCUGGCUCAACAUAUUAGAGUCCCCAGAGCCAGGGCGUGACAAUGUAGCUGCUGUAUUUCACACUGAACACACACACACACUGUUACAGCCAGGGUCUCUUAGAAGGACUAUCUGCUUGCUGAGAACAAAUAUCUCCCUCCUCCUCCACAGAAUAUCCACCGCAAUACAGCCACAAGCCAAGUUUAAUGGACUCUAAAAGGUGUUUGAGUAGAUGUUCUCUCCCGCUUCCCACUCCUCUUCUCCACCCUCCCCCUCUCUCUUCCCCCUCCCUCCCUCCCCCUCUCUCUCCCCCUCCAUCUGUCAGUAAACAUCCUGACUGCGGUGGCUCUAUCCCAGCUGGCAGACGGUACUAAGAAAGCUCUGUCCAUGUACCUGCUGGCUCUAACCAGCUCUGACAUCCUGUCCCAGCGCUUCACCAUCUUCGUGGGCUUCCUGCUGGAAACAGCCUUGUUCCACCGGGAGGUAGGUAUCCCAGUGGUUACGGAAUGGACAAUAAAGUUGUAUUGUACUGAUUUUCUAGGUCCCCACCCUCCUGCUGCACUCAGUCAGCGUGGCGGAGUUUGCUGCCAACCAUGCCUCCAUCUGGUCCACCGUACCCCUUACCAUGGACUGCUGCGUGGCACUGUGCCACCCCCUCAUCCUCCGCCAGAUUGGCUACCCGGUGCUGGGGUGCGGUGGAUCAUCGCCAUCGUCUUAUACCUGGCGGUGUUGUAGGGGGCGUGCCGUUCUUCUGGUUGUCUGACAUGUGACCACCCUUGACUCCGCCCUCAUAUGGACGCACAUGACGAUAAUAUUCCUCCUGCCGUGUAGCAUCUUCCUGGUUCUGAACAUGCUGAUCUUCCGCCGGCUGCGAGUGCGGCAGAGACAGGCACCGUGCCAGGAGGAGUGUGGUGGCGGUGGGCCCCAGUUGGUACGGCUGCGGUGCCCGGGUAAGAGCACCGCCAUGCUGCUCGCCAUCCCCUCCUCGUUCGUCCUACUCUGGGUGUCACGGAUGCCGCCGAGGCUGCUCCUCCUCCUUGCUCGGGCAGGCUUCGGCGUUCGUCGUCCCCGGAGUACUAGCUACUAGUUGGUGCACCUGUUUCGUAUUCUGUAUUGAUAAUGUCACCUAUAAGUUCCCCUGUGUUAUGUUUGCAUUUUGUGUGUUAUUGUCCGCUUGUCGUAUGCGUACUGGUUCGGAACCUUGGCAUCUAUUGUUGGUUUUACGCACCCCGCGUAUUUUGUUCGCCUCUAGUGUUUCGAGGCCGUUUAUUUUUGUGUAAUUAUAGAGUUCCUCAGUAAAGUCGUCUUGACUUAUCCUCUGUGUCCUGCGCUUGACUUCACCACCGCAUCCACAUCAGCAUACCUGACACUGGGAGCCCGGGACUCUAGUGGUCAUCUAUCAUCUAUACUGUACGGGUCCUCGGUCCACAAGGACAGGCAAGUCCACCUGGCCUACGACCUGUCUAACAUGCUGGCCAUGCUCAACACUGUGGUCAACUUCUUUCUCUACAGUUUCGUCAGUAAGCCAUUCAGAGUGGCCGUAAGGGAUGUUCUGUUGCUCGGGGGGGGGGGGGGGGGGGGUUCUGACCCUGACCUUGGCCCCCUACCACUCCGCAGGGUGUGACCCUGACCUGGGCCCCCUACCACUCCGCAGGGUGUGACCCUGACCUUGGCCCCCUACCACUCCGCAGGGUGUGACCCUGACCUUGGCCCUUGACUAUGGGAUGAGAGAGACCCCCUACCCCCCCAUCCCUCUACCCCCCCAUCCCUCCAUCCCUCUACCCCCCAUCCCUCCAUCCCUCUACCCCCCCCAUCCCUCCAUUCCCUCGUCCACCCCAUCCCUCUACCCCCCCAUCCCUCCAUUCCCUCGUCCACCCCAUCCCUCUACCCCCCAUCCCUCCAUUCCCUCGUCCACCCCAUCCCUCUACCCCCCAUCCCUCUACCCCCCCCCAUCCCUCCAUUCCCUCUACCCCCCAUCCCUCCAUUCCCUCAUCCCCUCCAUCCCUCCACCCCACGGACAAUGUAACCUUGACCUUAACCCUGGGUCCCUCCUAAUUGAGACCAACCCAGUACACUCUUCCGUCCGUCAUCUCUUCCAUCCAUCCAUCCACUGCCCCCCCCCCCCCAAACACCCCUCUUCACGGUCCCCCCCAACACCCCGUCCCACGGACCAUGUGACUUUGACCGUGAGACCCCCCCAUCCCUAAUUGAGAACCAACCCUCCCCUCACCACACGCCUCCAUCCCUCUAUCCCUCCAUCACCCCAUCCCUCGGACCAUGUGACCUUGACCCUUUAGACCAGCCCUAAUUGAGACCAACCCCAUCCCUCCUUCCCACGGUCCCCCUAAGCACUUAUGACCUCUGAACCACAGAGUGUAUUCCAACCAUGUUUUGUGGACAGCUGUCAAUCUCCCUCUGAGCUGAACAGUCUCAAAGGGCCUUUAACUGAACCGUUGUUGGACUGAAAACUAAGCAGCAUGUUUUUUGUACUGAUUAACAUGUUAUUUAUUAUUUUAUAAUGUCCCGGCGGGAAUCAGAUUAAAAUGGCACACAAACUAUUUAUUUUUCCUUAGGGGAACAUUAGGCUUGUGACAUAAUGAGCACUUGGCCUGACAUUUAGCAAUUUUUUAUUUUACGGUAGCUAGUCAUUAUUAUGCAACAUGAUAUUGUUUUUAUUGUUUAAAAAGAAAGAAUGACAUAUGGACAUUGUUUAUUUGUUUUGUUUGUUUGUUUGUUUGUUUUGUUGUUUUCCGGUCUGUUUUGCAGCAGGUGCUUGCGCAUAGUGCUUUGGUUAGAAAACAGAGAGAAGAGACACUGAAAAGAGAUGAUGCUUUAAUGUGCAUGCUACUUCAAAUGAAUCCUUCAUCUAUUUACACAUUGAUCAUAGCCUCAUCAUUUUCUCCCCGUUCUCUACAGGGACACAGCUUGGUUUGAUGGAAAUGACUUACAAUAGAAGGUCAUUCAAAAUGUCUUCCUUUCUUUUCUUGAUGUUGAACAUGCAAGGCACAGGGACAGAACAUAAGCUAAAUAAUAGUAAGACAUUAUUUUCAUACGGUGUAUUAUGCUUUACUAUGGAGAGGACACUCUGCAUGCCUAUUUGCCCAAGUGACAGAACAUCCGGCUUGCUGAGCAGCACACCCGAACCAAUCAAGCAAAGAAAUGGCACUAAGCACUUAAUUUCAGCAGUGAGAGUGAGGUCAAACAACAGCUGUUAGCUCUGGUGUUUAUUUUUCAUGAAAAGGCAACUGGAUGGAGGUUUACAUAAAUGCUGGCUGUGAGUGACUGUCUAACAGCCACAGGAGCGAAAACCCUGUUCUACAAACACACUCCCCCCCCUGUGGGCUUCAGCUCAGCUAGCUAAACAAACCUAACAUCAGACUGACUGUCGGCACACACCCACACAGACAGACAGACAGACAGACAGACGUGGAUCCAUCCAGUCAGUACAUCCCCCUCUGCUCCAGUACAAGACCCUAGAAACAUCAAUAAGAUGAUACGGACAAAUUCAAAUGAACAUCUGUUAAUGUUUUUUAAAAUACGAGCUAUUACAGCAAUAGGGCAUGAGAACCUGGGGUUUACUGUGAUUAACACACGGCUAAGGGGUGAAACAGUCCUCUAGAAACAUCCAUACUUACCAUCCAUACUUACCGUUUUUAAAUAUGAGACAAACAAGCACUUUGUGACCUCAGUAUUUAUUUGGAGCUGAGCGUUCUACCCAGCUCCAUAUCUCUUCUCUAGAAAUAUUGCUGCUUCUAACUAAUGAUUUCAUAUGUUAAUCAACACUUGGCAAGUGCAAUCUGUUGGUGUAUUGCUUUUUAAUGCAAUGAAUUCAAUAAGCCCCAAGGGUUGAUGAACCAUGUUUAGACUUUUAUCUGGAAUUAAUCGAUUGAUCAUGCAGCUCUGGCUCAUCAAUAAUUCCUCAGUGAAACGCUUUUAAAUAAGGAUGUACUUUUUGUCCUCAUAGCCAUUGCAUAGUCUAUAGAAGAAGACAUAAAAUCCUACUAUAAAGAAGACAUAAAAUCCAACUAUAAAAUCCUACUAUAAAAUACAUAACAUAAAAUACGUCCCAUAAAAUACUUAUUAUAAAAUACUACUAUAAAAUACGUACCAUAAAAUACUACUAUAAAAUACAUACCAUAAAAUACGUACCAUAAGAUACUUAUUAUAAAAGACUACUAUAAAAUACUACUAUAAAAUACGUACCAUAAAAUAUGUACCAUAAGAGACUUAUAAAUGACUACUAUAAAGACUUACUAUAAAAGACUACUAUAAAAGACUACUAUAAAAUACAUACCAUAAAAUACUUAUUAUAAAAGACUACUAUAAAAUACUUACUAUAAAAUACUCACUAUAAAAUACUUACUAUAAAAUACUCACUAUAAAAGACUACCAUAAAAUAAUUACUAUAGAAUACUUACUAUAAAAGACUACUAUGAAAUACUUACUAUAAAAUACUUACUAUAAAAUAAUUACUAUAAAAUACUUACUAUAAAAUACUUACUAUAAUAGGCCUACUAUUAAAAAAAUACAUUAGCUGCACGUAAUCUCGCAUUUUAAAUCAUGUACAUGCACGCUAAAAUGACUACCUGUCAUGAUGAUCGUUUUAACCUUUCAAAUACUAAUCCUUCACUCUGUAACUGGAUCAUUUCUAGCUGAUUCGUGUUUGUAAAUAACUAAUGUGUGUAUAUGACCAGUUGGAUGAGUAA